UCUGCCCUGCUCACAUCAACAUCCCACUGCAAGAAAUAGCUGAGAGAGAUGCAAAUUUUUACUGCUGCAUUAAAACUGCUGACACAUCAAAGUGCCAACAAAGUGGAAUUCAUCUCCAAGUUACAGAGCUGCAGGUAAAGGUGAUUCCUGCCACAGAGGGACAGACAGUAACACUGAUGUGCAGCAGCAGCUGUCCUCUGACUGAAAAGCCUGCAGCCUACAUCUGGUACAAGAACAGAGAGUUUCUCUAUGAGGACUGGUCUCCCUGGUACCAAGAGCUGCUCAGCAGUGAGGAAGCAGUCACAUACUCCUGUGCUGUCAAAGGCUACGAGGAUCUCAGAGCCCCUGAAGUCUCUGUGGAUUCCAUCACAGAGACCUGCUUCAGUGUGACCUAUGCUAAAGGGAGAAUGUGUUCUUCUCAGCAGGCAUCAGUGGACGAGUCCUGCUCCAUCACAUAUCCCAGAGAAAUUCAUGUCCAGAGGACUCCUGCUGAACACAGAGGUCACAUCAGACUGACCUGUAACAGCAGCUGUUUUCUGACUGACCCUCUGAUUUCCUUUGUGUGGUAUGAGAACAGAAAGCCUACAGUGAAGGAGGGAAAACAGAUUCUAGUUCACAGCUCUAAUCCAGACAGUUUGUCUUGUGCUGUAAAAGGUCUUGAGGAUGUGCGCUCUGCUGACGUCUGUGAGUAAACUUAUUGUCUCUCCACUUACAAAGUAUUACCACCACUUCUUGCAAUUAUGACUAAUCAUCACACUGGUUUCCUGUAAAGUUCAGGAUCAGUUUUAAAAUGUUGGUGAUCACAUCACAAUUCUCAGCUGCAGAUCCAAAACUCUGGAAUCAUCUCCCUCUUCAGAUCUGCUCAUCUAUGAUACUAACAGUAUUCAUCUCCUGACUUCUCCUUAGCUUUUUCAGUCUCAGCCAAGAGUAACUCAGUCUGUCAUUUUCCCCAGUG